GGAGAAAACACAGAAAUGCUGCUGGCAUGCUUUCCCCCUCCAACUCGGGAUCCUGGGGCGAGGCGGGGAACCACCAUCUGCUCAGAUUGCAAAAACCAAAGCGGCGGCGAGAGACCUACGCGGAGGAGGAGGAGGAGGAGGAGGAGGAGGCAGCCGACGACCAAGCCCGCCUCCUUUGCUCCCUCCCGGCUUGUCUCCGGCGCCGGCCCGGCCUUGCUCCGCCUCUUCCCCUGGAGGUUUGCAGGGAGACGGCAGCUGCAGACACGCUCUCCGGGCCCGAGCAGACUCCUUGCAGCUGAGCAUUUCUUUUGCAGUGAGAUAAUGGCUUCCAACACAGAGCGCACAUUCAUUGCCAUCAAGCCUGAUGGAGUCCAGCGGGGAAUCAUAGGUGAAAUCAUCAAGCGAUUUGAACAGAAGGGAUUCAAACUGGUGGCUAUGAAAUUUAUGCAUGCUUCUGAAGAGCUUCUCAAACAGCACUAUAUUGACUUGAAAGAUCGGCCGUUCUACCCUGGUUUGGUUAAAUAUAUGAAUUCUGGGCCUGUAGUACCCAUGGUUUGGGAAGGACUCAAUGUGGUGAAGACGGGCAGAGUGAUGUUGGGGGAAACUAGCCCAGCAGAUUCCAAGCCUGGCACUAUCCGUGGCGACUUCUGCAUUCAAGUGGGCAGGAACAUCAUUCAUGGCAGUGACUCUGUGGAAAGUGCUCAGAAAGAGAUCAAUCUGUGGUUCAAGCCUGAAGAACUUGUGAACUACAAACCUUGUGCUCAUGAUUGGGUUUAUGAAUAGAUUAGUCCUGGUGACAAGUUCUGCCUUCUUCCAACAAAGCAUCUCAUUCCACCCACCUGCUGUCCUGGGAGCAAUUAUCACAGUUACCUUUGUGAUUAUUGGCAUUAAGAAAUAAAAUAUGAAUUAUUA